UCGCGUUCCCCCGCCGGCAGCGCGGCAGUCGGCCGUCGCCUGCCCUUUCAACUGUACGAACGACGAGCACGCGCGUUCGCACCGCGCCGCUAACGCCGCGUCGACGUUUUUUUUUAUCCACGUCAUGCAGUUCGAAUACGAUCCUGAACGACUGAUAGAAGAGGUCAAGAAACGAAAGGGCAUUUGGGACUUCGAGGACGCCGAUCAUCGCGCCAAAAAUGUGCGACACCAGCUAUGGACAGAGAUCGUGAACGAACUCCUGCAAUCGGAUGUUAAGAUCACGAAGAGCGAGAGGCGCGAACUUGAAAUUCAACUGCAGAAGAAAUGGAAAAGUAUACGGGACUGUUUUCAAAAGUACAUACAGAAGCCGAACAAAACGAGACGACCGUACAUUUAUUUUAAGCAGUUACAAUUUCUUUUGAAGUCUGAUGCACCAGCGGCACAACCAAACGAGGGGGAAACGAGCGAAUCUGACGAGAAUUCGAAGCAGUCGAAGAAGUGGACGUUUAGGAAGAAAUUGAAGCUUGCAAAAGACGCCGAAAGUUCAGAAGACGACACCUACAAUUUGGACAAUGAAGAGUCUAGGGAUUAUUCAAACGAAUGUGCUGUGGAGUAUGAGAUGCCAGUUCAAGUAGCCAAGAUCACGCAACCAGCUGAUGAGUUUGCCUUUGCCAAUGUUGAUGCACAUGGUUCUAAAAUGGAUAACGACGAUCCCGAUAGACUGUUCCUAUUAUCCUUAUUGCCACAUUUGAAGGCAGUGCCUGAGGAAAACCGCCUUAAUGCCAAGAUGGAUCUAAUGCAAGUACUGAGAAAUGCAAGUUAUUCAGUCUGUCGGGACCAAAAGAUCUUUUGACUACGAUCU